AUGGUUGACGCAUUAGACCAGUCCGUCGGCGAAGUGGUCAAGGCUCUGAGCGACGCUCGCAUGUUGCAAAACACCAUCAUCAUCUUCUGCAGCGACAACGGCGGACAACCCUGGGCUGCGCACACAACCCGCAGCAUCAACUGGCCGCUCCGCGGGUCCAAAGGCACGGUCUGGGAAGGAGGCACCAGAGUUCCCGCUUUUGUCUGGAUUCCUCUCUUGUUCCGCUCUCGAAGAGUGUCCCAUCAGCUUAUGCACAUCACGGACUGGCUGCCUACGUUAUAUUCAGUUGGAGGAGGCGACGUACAGACGCUUGGCAAGCUCGACGGCUAUGAUAUGUGGCCGCACCUGCGCUACGGACUGGGCUCACCUGGAGUAGAGAUGCUUUAUAACAUCGACUACAGAUUCUUGAACAACGCGGCGUGGCGACUGUGGCGCUACAAGUUAGUACUAGAUAGCACAGGGUUCAUGAGCGAGCGGUACCCGAGACCUGGCGGAAGCCGCCCCAGCCGCGACCUCGACAAAUUGCUCGACCAGUCAACGGCAGCCAAAGUUCUGCGUGGCUUUUACAAAAGAGACCGGCUCAGAUUUCCUAAAUAUUGGCGGGAAAGCGCUACGUUGCACUGUCGUGUGUCACCAUGGGAUCACUUCCACCCCAAGGACUCCGUCCACCUUUUCGAUAUCGUCACGGAUCCGUGCGAGCUGAACAAUGUGGCCAGCUCGUACCCCGAGAUCGUGGCAAUCAUGAAGAAGCGCAUUGACGCCUACCAAGCAAUGGCGAUGCCAGUGCAGUUUGAAGAGAAGGAUCCCGCAGGCUUUCCUGAGAACCACAAUGGAACUUGGGCCCCAUGGGCAGGGACGACGUGCUAAUAUUUACUCCUUUUUAUUGGUACUGGCUAUAAGACCGGACGCGUAGCCAGUUUUCGUGUGAUGGUGAGACAUUUCCAGAGAACACGACUGACAGGCAUGUCCCGAGAAAUUGCCUGUGAUGGCGCCUGUUUAGCGACGUAUAAUUUCGCGUUUGUACUAAGCGCUUAUUCGCCUUCGUAGAUAAAAGGCUACCAUGAAGCCUGUUUUGACGAUUCUCUUUAUCUAGAUUCUUGGACAGCGGGAGGCAUUCUGUAGCGAUGACAGUUUCAAGGCGAUAAUAUUUAUAUAUAUUCUAACACGCGUGCGUCGGUACGUGCCAGAUAUUUAUGCUAAGACGACGCAACGACCGUUGCAAAUAGGACAGGUAAUUUUAAAACGCAACAAGGACUGCCUCUUUGAGACGAUUGUUUGGUGGAAAUGAUUGUUUCUCGGAGAAAUUUACUAGAAUAAGAGAAGAGAGAGAACGGCUAAAUCGACACGAAUGAAAACGUAUUUAUUUCAAGACCAUGGCGCGCUGUACAAAGAGAAUAAAUUUUAUUUUACG